GCUGUUACGGUCAGAUCUUACGGUCGGUGGUCGGGAUCGCGUCGUCGUCUUCGUCGUGUGUGCUUUUCCUUUCGUGGUUUUGGACAAACGUGUUCUCGCGCCCGCGCCUCGUGUGUGUGCUUUGAGGUGGACAACUUUCUUUCGCGAUCGUUCCUCGUUCCCUGGGGAAGACAAUCACGCAUACACCGAAGGCGGACGGACUUUAGCGAUCGGUUCGAAGUUUUGAAGCUCGAAAGGGGGUUCGUCGCUGGUGCGUUCAAGUUUCCCGUUUUCUUCCGCGUGGAGCACUUUUUUUUACUGUUUUUCGGAUUUAUUUAUUACCGAGCUGCGCGGCGAGCCAGUGAGGAGGAAGUGAGAUUGCGGGGAAGCGAAAUUUCUUUUUGCCUCCCGGGUGUCUUUUUCGUGUUUUGUUGUUUUCUUUCCGACGUUCGACGUAUUGUCUCUACUGUGUCGGUUGGUUGUUUUGAGGUUUAUGCCGCGAGAGUGCCUCUUGGAGUGUGACUUUUACCUGCGUUUGUUGCUUCGUUCGUCCGGUCUUGUGAUUUUGCUGUGUGGCUUCAAGUGUGUGUGCUCGAUGUUCCCGUUGUGGUUGGAUGAGUUUUUCCAUUUCGGGAAGUUCUGCAAUUAGCAUAGAUUAUCUGAUGACUUGCUUAUCUAGCGCGUAAGCUGGCAAAUCUUUGAGGUGACCGGAAAGAAGUCACUUUGUGAUCGUUGUUAAGCUGUUAUGAGGUGAUGUUUUGCCGAUUCGGAGAAGUUCAAGCAACCUGAGACGAGUGUUGAAACUGAUAUUUUGGAUUCAGGUGGCGUCCGGGAGGUCUGGUUCUAACGAAAAAAAGUGCCUUAAAGCCUGGGGUCAAAUUUUGAACCAGUUGUGCUUUCGGGGGUAAUACGAGAUCGUCUCAGAGAAAGGUGGAACCGAAAAUAACGGUGCGAUCGUGUUCUGAUUCUGUAAUUUCUCGGUAGAAAGUAAGGUCAAUCAACCAUCGGCCUGAGUGUCGUACCCUUUCGAAGGAGAAAGGUGCUGGUGAAAGGUAUUCGAAUUCCCGAAGCGAAUUGGAAGUGGAUUAAUCAUACUCUCAAAGUGCAAGUGUCGAAUCCGUUCGACUACGGGUGUCCGAUCUCUGCACAAUUACUGGAUCAGUUACGCUCCAAAACCUUUGCCUUUGGAAGCAAGAAGAAGACCUACUAACCCGAUGCGGAUCAAUCCAUCAAAUCGUUAAGUGCCCCUGGCUUUGUUGACAAAAGCCCUAGAUAUCAACGAAGCCUAUCCAACAACUCCCUGGAGAGGUUAACGAUCAAACCGCCAGGUGGCGUUUUACUUAUUACUCUUUUUUCCUAUCCAAUCCAAUCGAGAAAAUUGCAACCUCAAGCAAAGAUCAUUCAGUUUGCCCCGAAGAAACCUCAAAAGUGGAACAAAUAAUUCUGUUUCUGUGGGUUUUCUCCGAUAUCGGUGCAAAUUGCGACCCCGAGCCAGGAAUAAACGGCUUCAAAAGUGCAGUAAGACUUCAAUUACUGUCCCUCGACCUCAGUCCCUACCAUUCAACAUUCUCCCGAAGAAGAAAAAAACUUGCACCAAUAAAACGACGAAAAUUACUAGUUGAAAAGUUCCCUCAAUCUUUGUCCCUUGUCUCGUCUAAGAAGAAAAAAUAAAAUAAAAAUAAAACCAAGUGCAUUUCCCAAGUGCUUUUGCGCCCUACUAAGGUGAAACAAAAUUAUAGAGCACUUUUUGCUGCCACCCUCCGCGAAAAAAAAGAAGGAAUAUUGUAAAAUCUUGCAAGUGCAGAGGAAAGCAAAGCAGGAAAGAAAAUCGGUGAUUACGCGUCGUCGUCACCACACCGAGAAAAGCUAGGUGACAGUGCAGCGAAAGAAGCAAAAAGUUCAAAAUUUUUGGUCAACUUCACUCAACGUUCCCCGCUUUUUUUUCGCCUCCAUCAUCAACAGUGAUUUGUUUUUGGGUAGUAAGUGAAUUUCAAAACCCGACGCAGUCAAAAUCCAGGAAUCACUCUGGGAGGUGAAAUAAAAAAAAAAAAACCUCAAGUGAAGGAAGAGUAUAAACCAGUCACAGGAUAAAGAAAAAAAAAUAUUCACGAUAAAAUUGUCAACAAGUUCCUUGGAAAAGCAAACAAGCCGCAGUUGCAGCCGAUACGAAAAGUUAAAGUGCUAAAGAGAAAUAAAUAGUUUAGUGCAAUAGUGGAUUAUACAGUUUUUGCGAGUUCAUCUGGAGGCGAUCGAGCUGAAAAAGUAUUUUAACCUUCUUGGCAGAAUUUAUCUUGAUAGUUAGUUGCGUUCAUUGGAGGUACCGACGUUUUUUUUGGAUAGCUGAAACUGUUAAGAUUAUAAUGGACGACGACGAAUGAAAGUUGCCGAUCUAUAAGGCCACUUACUGCCGCCAGCUUACACACGUACCGUUUAUCGGAUUAAAGGCUACUUACCGGUGAACAACAGGUCAUAUCUCAAAUAACGUUAAGAUUAAAAAAAAUCAGACGACGCCGUUUUCAUCAGCACGAAGCAACACUUAAAGUUUCCAAAUGAACUAAUACCCAACGAAAAAUUUUGCCAAGAGGACCAGAAUGAUGUCCUUCGAUGGCCAAAGUUAGCCAUCUCCCAAUGCGACGCUACCCAACGGAUCACUCAUCGUCGUCGGACUCUACAGCAUCCCCUUCAACGGGCUCGCCGUCUUUGAUUUCGUCACCGGCAACGACAUCUUCUCCAAAUUUGGCAGCAUCCUUCAACUCCUCGGCAUCCAAUGUAGACAACUUCAACUUUUACCCACCGGCCAACAAACGGACACCAGACAAAUCCUCCAAACGAACAUGGGGCCAACGGCUGAAACUCGGCAAACCACCCAGCAACGAUAACAAUCAACGAUCCAACAGUAGCAGUUCCAGUUCCAGCAUCCUCAGCAACGGCCACGGUUCGGCAUCGGUCAUUUCGGCCAUCACAACGACCAACACCACAACUAGCAGCAAAACGAUCGAAGUUCUGGACUACUCUGGACUGCAGCAAGUCCAUCAACAGCAGCAGCAGCAUCAAUUACACCGAUAUUCGGCAAAUGUACCGCAUCAGCAGCUAACGAAUUCUCUUGGGGCCGGAUCACGAGACGGCCACCACCCGUCCACGAUGAAGUAUGCCGAUUCCGGAUGGGUUUACGGGACGAUGCGAGGGUUGCCUCCGCCCAUGCAUCAUCCUCAUGCCCAGCACCUUCACCAUCAUCAUCCGGGACCACCUCCGAUGGCUGCCAUGUCUAUGGGGGGUCCGAUGGGAUUCUUCCCGAUGGCUGGACCGGAAGUAGCGGUGGUCAUUUGCUGCUGUCCGGAGUACUUGAAUGGGACCAAAAGGGAUGUGAAGAAGGCGAGUGUCUGUAAGAAAUGUAAGGGAUCGAGGCUUCCGUUGGCUCCGAUUGGUGGGACCAUGAGGUUGACUUCCGGAGCUUCCUUCAUGGUUCCACCGAUGAGAUCUGCAGGUGGAACGGUGAAGCUGGCUUCUACUUAUGGUAAAAAGUCGAGGCCUUCGAUACUAAGUAGCGGUGGGGAUCCGUAUGAUUUUAUGAGGCGAUCGAGGUUGAGUCAACCGGUUGAGCAACAACCUAGUAAAUCUGUUGCUGAAAGCAUCAAAGAGAAGCUGAGACGUCGAGCCAAGAGUACAAGUCCGUCCAAGGGACGAGGUCGUCCGGAGAAGCGAGCUCCUUCACCAACGGGAAGCAAAACUAGUGACAACCGAAGCUUAAGUGCCAGCCGUAGUAGUAUCAACAAUAGCAAAGGGUUCAAAGACCUCUGGGUCGAACCGGAAGAGUUGCCAGACGACCCGGAACCAACCGGUCGAAAAUCCAUCCUCCGUUGUGAUAUCAAUCCCUACGACCUGAUCUCGUUGAGCACCGGUCUAAACAACGAAUUUUCGCCAUCGAAUGAAGCGGACGAUUACGACCUCUCAGUACACUCCCAAAAGUACGAAAAACUCCUCGAUUCCCUGUACGCCAAUCGGUACAACCCCGCUGCCAACAUUGCCGCCAUCUCGGGCCAAAGAAUCAAACUAUUCGACGGGGAUGCGGCAGCUCCGUCCGUUUACGAUGACGUCGACGAAUACGUCUACGAUCCCGUCGAAGUACAAUCGGAUCCUUCCGAAGAUCAACCUCGAGUAGAGGUCAUCCCGGAACGACCUCCUCGCACCAAACACAAAAACGAUUCCCCGAAAGAAGACGACGUCAAAUCCCUGCCCAACCAGAUCUCAUCGUCCGAAUCGGUGACUCACAGUGCAAUAAAGUCGAUCCUCAAGCGACCGGGAUCGGUCACAAGUGCCCCGUCUGGUCCUCCUCCGGUUCCCAAAGACAAACCCGGCUUCGACACAAUUCGUUUGAACCAAACCCUAGUUCAGCGACUGGCCAAACUCACUUCCGAUGAGAACAUUUUCUCCAAGAACAAUUCCAUCAAUCUGAGAAGCACCAAAAGUUUCACCGGAACGGCCAAAGAUAGUCAAUCCAAACGUAAUAGUGGUUCUCAGUUCUACCUUCCAAAUCCGUCCAUCAACGGAAGCACCCUUGGCCUCGGUUCCCGGAAGAAGGUACAUUUUCUAGUCGAAAAUGAGGUGAUUGACGACGAUAAACUGUUUGCACAACUUCUUCUUUCCGAAACCGGGAAUCAACCAGCCAACUCCAAACCACCAACAAUAACCAUCGUGGAAGUUAGUCCUAAAACACCGGAAAUUCAAGAAACAGCCGAAAAGUCGUUAGAAGACCCACCACCCUUAGAGGAAGACGCCAAUAAGGAGAACCAAAAGGAACAGCAAACGAACAAGGUGAAGUUCGAUGCCGUGAUGGAAUCUUUCAAAAGUGAAAUUUUGCAGAAAAAGGCUGGCUUGGUGCCGAAUGGGAAAGAGAAACCGAAGGUCCCGGAUAAGCCGAAAGAUGUUGUUGGGAAGAAAAUUGAGUCUGAAGCGAAUGGUAAUGGUGCAGGGGAAACGAAUCAACAAAAUGGUAACGGAGAUUCAUCACCGUGGAGCGUCCACCGUCGUUCGGCCCCGAUCCGGCGAAGUUUCAGCGAACGCGUCUCACCCCCACGGGUAACUUCAUUCAAUGGGUCAUCCGAUCUACAGCAGACGUCGUCGGCUGCCGUCAAUCGAUCGCCUCAAUUCAUCGACACCAUGGCACUUCGCAUCAAAUCACCUCGUGCCGAUGCUCGGCGAGUUUUUGAGGAGGAUUCCAUCUCUUCAUCAUCUUAUUCCUCGUCGACGGGGAGCUCGGUAGGAACCAUGAUGAGUGGCAGUCGGAUGCGCCCUCGUGUUCCUCCACCUCCUCCUCCUCCUCCUCCCCCACCACUGGCUAGUUCAACGAACUCUUCUUCACCAGAUCAAAACCCAAUCGAUAGUGAGAAUCGAGCGAACUCCGACGAUGCCAAUGUGUACGAGGAUUUUUGCUUUGAUCUAACCUCUGGAUCGGAACGAAGUAGUGGCCGAAGUUCUACCGCUUCCCGAACGGUGGUGCAAGUUUCGACUCCAGUUGCACCUCCACCUUCAACGUCUUCCUUCAGUCGGGAUGCUGUCCAUAGGUUAGAGAUCAAGCACGAAGACGAGGACAGCAGCUACGAGUCGAUGGGACAGAAGAAGACUUCGAUUCUAAUCACUGGGGAUGGAGAUUGCUAUUCGACGGUGAAUGUUGACGAUGAUAAUGAGACUCCGUUGUAUCAAUCUUCUGUGGUUGUGAACGAUGUGAUCGUUUCGUCUGGGAUAAGUCAGACUUCGUCAAAUACGGUAACGAUCUCAGUUAACUCGCCAACUUCGACACUGCAACAUCCUCGAAGCAACAGACAAUCAAACCUUCAACAAGAGGAGAACAACCAUCAAAACAAUUCAACCUCGAUCAUCCCCAUUGGAAACAUCACUUCGGUCACAGUUACUACGAAUCCAUCGCAAGAUACGGAACAAAAGAAAGCAGGCAAAACAUUCAUCAACCUUCAAGACUUCAAAUCGGCUCCCGAAAGAUCGGUAGACGAUGAUGAAGACGAUGAUUGUCAGAACUCUUCUUCUUAUGUCGAUCAAUCGAAUGCGAUAGUUCCUAACGAAGCAAAAUCCAAAGAAAGCCUAGAGAAGUUGUUACGGAAUCCGGUUGAAGCUGUUAAGCGGAACCUGGUUCCGCAUUUCUGUGGCAAACAUGGUGAAACUGAGGCAGCGACUUCGAUGGAAACUUCUGCCGUAGUCAGGCGUCAGAAACAACCGGAUUCGAUCAGCUCCAAAGCUCAACGGAACAGCUUUAUCGCCAAACUGUUGGAGGAUCCUAUGCUAGGGCAUUUGGCCGAGGGUUUGGAUUACGAAUUGGUGGUGAAGUUGAUCGAAAACUCGCUCCUGAGGUUGAAGGAAUCUCGCACACAGCUGGACAUGAGUGGAACCAAAGACGAGGACGAUGUGUCCAAGAUGAUCGAAGAAUCGCUGGUGAAACUGCAGGAAGAGCGAUUGAAGGCAUCUCUGGAAGGGAAGAAGGUUGAGAAGGAUAGCAAACGCAGUAGUAUUAGCUCCGGGAAUAGCUACGGAUCAGCAACAUAUGAACUGAUGGAGUUUGACGCUGCGGCUGACUUGAGUGAUUGCUAUCAGAGCUGUUCGAGUGACUUGACUGUGGAUGAUGACGCCAAUUCUUCUCGCAGCAAGUUCUACCAAAUGCUAGUAGAUGCAACGCUUUCCGAAAUCGAAAUCACAACAACCACCGAUGAUGAUCAUCACUACGAAUCCAUUCGAUUAAACGGUGAUCCUAUCUACGAAGAGAUUAGCGACAUUCCACCUCCGCUUCCUCUGACUGCUCCUCCAAUAACAGAAGAUCACGACCGAGAGAAACGUAACGGUCGAUCGAUCUUCGAGGGUGCCUCCAAAUACGACAUCCUCUCCUACCUGGUAGACGCCAAAGAGCGUGGAAUCGCUCUUGAGGAAUCCUUCAACUUCCAGUUCGGCAAUGCGAGCGACAUCAUCCUCGAAGAGGAGGAAGACGAAAACAUCACCGACCUUCGACACCACCAACGCCAGAUUUCCGACAUCAGCAGUCGACUGUCACACAUUUCCAACAUCAGCGACUCGAGCGAAGACACCUCUCUCCUGUCAUCUCAACGAAAGGCCUCCGAAAUCGAAAGAAACGACUCUGGCGUCGGAUCCGAAACGAGCAAAACCUCCCGCAGCAAGUGGCAAAAUUCGGCCUCCAACUCUCUGCUCAAUAAAAUCUCUCCAAUCCACCUUUGCGAGGACUGCGAUGGACCGGUAGAAACUCAAAUUACCGAAUCCGGUGUCAUGUACGCGCCCCUCGUUUGCAGAAAAUGUGGCAAGAAGCGUGCCGAACGCAAAGAGAUCAUAACCGAAAUCGUAGAAACUGAAGAGAAGUACGGCAGAGACCUCCAGAUUAUCCUGGAAGAAUUCUACCAGCCGAUGCUCGUGGCCGGUCUGCUAAACCAAGAUCAGCUCUCGGCAAUCUUUCUGAACGUGGAAGAGUUGCUGGAGAACAAUCAGUUUUUGGCGGAACGGAUGCGAGAUGCGCUGGACAUUGCGAUGGAGCAGGGCGAUGAGGACCUGUUGACGGUGAAUGCGGGGAAGAUUUUCUUGGAGGCUGCGCCGAUGUUGCAUGCGUUUGAGAGUUACUGCGUGCGGCAGGGAGCGGCUAGUUUGUUGUUGGCGAAUUUGGAGAAGGAGAAGGAGCUGUUGAGGAUUUUCCUGCGGGUUUCGCAGAUGGAGAAUGCGGUGCUAAGGCGGAUGAAUUUGAAUUCGUUUUUGAUGGUUCCCGUUCAACGCGUCACAAAAUACCCACUUCUCUUAGCUCGCCUCUUCAAGGUUACACCCACUCACCUAGAGGGCAAAGAACUACUCAAACAGGCCCAGGAGAAGAUCGAACUUCAUCUGAACCACAUGAACCGGGAGGCUAGGGAUGUUCCUACCAAACUGUGGCGUCGGAUUGCUUCCUCAACUCCCACCGGACGCCGUCUGAGCUGUGAGCUGGACAUGAUCAAUAUCAAGCUGCGAAAGAUGGCCAUCGAUGUUCUGGAGUGGAACACCGAAGAGGUCCGAUUUGCCAUCGAGGGCCGCUUGUUAUUCACUCAACCCAACGACGGAAACUGGAAAAAGAGCCGGACAAUCAAAUUAACCUCGAUAAACGCCCUGCUGGUGACCAAUGGAAAGCCAAGUCCCAGCUACAAGCCGGACCGAGCGACCACUGAGUUGUUGAACUUCCCUCGGCACACUGGAAUCCGGGAAGCUUCCCUGCUACUUGUACGGGAGAAAAAUGGAAGAUAUACCCUACUAAGAGAGCCACUCUAUCUGGAUCGAUGCGUCGUUUGCACCGAAAACGACUGGGAGGAUUAUUUCGAGGUUCAAGAAAUUCUCUCCAAGGAUUCCUUUAUCUUUAAGGCUGAGGACGGGGCCAAGACCAAGCAGUGGUACAGCCAACUUCAGUACCAUUCCCAGGGCAUGGGCACCUGGCGGAAGCGUCGAAACGCGCUGGCAAACAUCAUGAUUAAUGGAAUGAUGACACGAACGUAAAGCAACGUAAAAAUAAACAACAAUCGGAAGGGAAACAAAGUGAGGCGCGAUUUCCCCUGGCUCUGUGAAUGGAGCUUGUCUAGUAGUUUUUGAUUUGUUUUUAGCCGUCUCGCAGCUGUUAGUCGCUCUUUAGUAUUUGCACAAUAGUGGCCGGAACAGUGUAAGGGAAUCGAAAACUGCCCUCGAGGAAAUAAUGAUGAAGAAUCGUCCGGCGGUUCGCGCUCUUUCUGAUGUUGUAACUCGUUCACAAAAGAACAUCGAAUCCAUUGCAUAGAUGCAGGCGCAUUCCAAUGAUGUCGAAAAUUGGACGGCGGCUCCAGAGACUGUAAAUAAUUUAUUUUAUACCCUACUUACUUGUGGUACAUUUCUCUUCUGAACGUUGCAAUUUUGAAUUAUUUAUUUUAGAAGCAAAUUCAAAAAUACAAAUAAAUAAUUAAAUUUUUUCCCUCGAGUAAAACCCACCGGGAACAAUAGAAAGCAAUCAUCAAAAGCAAUACGCAACAAAACUGCCCCGGAAGUACAGCAAAGUUGAAUGCAAAUAAAUUUCUUCCGCUCCCUGAUUAUAGUGCUGUUUCUCCAAUGAUGUGCAAUUUUGUUCCCAGCAAUAAAGAACCCUUGCUUUGUCCAACAGCCAACAUUUUUAUCUUCAAUCAGUUCUACGCUAUUGUGUUACGGAUUUAUCAAACAGAGAUCCCGGGCCCCAACUAAAUGAAAUGCUUUUAUUGAUAAUAACAACAACUUAAAAUAUGAAAAAAAACCUCACCCAAGCUGCCAGAGACGAUUGAUGUGAACGGAAAUAAAAAAAAGUAUUUAUUCUAGCCUUCAGUAGUUUGCGUUUAAUUUUGUUUGGCUCGACCCAUCACACGAUUUAGUGCUAAGAUAAGGAUGCAAAUAAUGAUAAAAUUAAAAGAGCCGGAAUGUAUGCAACCAACCUGUAACAUCAACAGCAACGUCGAUAAGUUUGUAGUAUUUAAGUACUCGAAUAAUAUACAACACACUUUACUGUUUCCUAUCCUCUAUUUACUUUUAUUUCAUCAGUUUUAAUCUUACAUGUGCAUCUGAACGAAAACUUUACUCAAAACCAUAGAUUUUUGGCGAUUAUAUCUUUAAAAAGAAUUCAUCAUAUUAUGUUUUCAGUUAUUACUUCAGAUAUAGAAAAAAAAAUUCGUGAAUCGUUUGAUGAAAAAUAAGCAUAGAAAUUUUAGACCAAUCAAAAGUGUAAUUAGAAAACGAAAAAAGGAAAUGAUUAUUUAAUUAGUAAAAAGGUAUAAUAGGUUAAGAGACCGGCGAAGCUAAAUUACCUAGAUUCAGUUGAAGAGA